UUUAAAUGCGGUUUGUUGAAUGAUAUUGAAUUUUCGAAUCAAGAGUUUGGGAUCAGAUAACCCUGUUUACCUAAUAUGGCACCGAGCACGACUUGACCUUCAUAUUCUCGCCAAACUAUUCUGUUGCACGAAGGGUGGUGCGGGUGUUGUCAAUCAACCUAUAUAUGAGAUAAACCGAUCGCAAAUAUCAAACGAACCAGCUCGAGAUCUUCUGAUUAAAUUGUUGAAAAAUAAAGCCAUGGCUAGCGUUGUGCAGAUUGUCAAAGUCGAAAAGGGAAAAGUGGUUUUGGAUUCGAAAUCCCUCAAAAAGAUCUUGAAAGAUGCAAAUGUCGGAGAUAAACCUGUUGCAAUCGUAUCUUUGUGUGGCGACUAUGGUAAAGGAAAAUCAUUUAUGUCGAAGUUAUUUUUACAGUAUUUGGGUUACUCCAAGGGUCACAGAGUCAGCGAAGAAGCCACUGAUUGGUUGGACGACAAGAUUGGAGAAGAUUCCAUACAAACGGAUGAGCCUGGAAUAUUUCUGUAUCGAAAUGUUCAUAUUGUGAAUAAUACUGCUGUAUUGAUGAUGCAAGUACAAGGAGCAUUUUCAGCAACGCGACAAAUAUGUGUCGACAUCUUUGCUCUUGCUUCAUUGAUAAGCUCUGUUCAGAUUCUGAAUUUACAUUCUCAAAUGCUGGGAAAUGAUGUUGAAUUUGUAAAGGAAUUUGUUGAAAGAGCAAGGCCAAUAGCACCAGACCUGCAAAUGUUUGAAAACUGGGGCCCAAACUUUUUGUUCCUGGUGAGAGAUUGGCAACACCCAAUGGAGAAAAGUUUUGGUAGAAAGGGAGGAAACGAAUAUCUUAACAGUGUAUUGAAAAAUAUAAAGUUUAAUAAAGAUGAAUGGAAAGAUUUCAAAUGGUACAUGGAGCAACUUUUCAAAACUGUGAAUUGCUUUCUUAUGCCACAUCCGGGCAUGGGAACUCAAGGAAAAAGAAACGUGGAAACCGACGAUCUAUCUGCUCAGUUCAGGGACAAUCUGCAGUCACUCGUCUCCUCGGCGCUUGGACCAAAAUUUCUUCAAGCUAUUGUAGUCCGACAGGAUACACUAUCUGAGGAAAAGUUUUUUUCUCAUGUUGAAAAAUGUGUUAAAGAAUUGUCCAAACCGAAAAAAGCACCGAAGACUGAUGUUGUGAAAAUAAUUACGGGGAACCUAAGAAAGGAUAUUCAACCAAAACCACAAUCAGUGUCAAAACAUUGCGCUGUGAAAGUAAUUGACAUUGAAGACGGAAAAGUUAUUCUGAAUUCCGAAGAAUUUGAGAAAGUUCUCAAUCAACCUGAGAUUGGAAAUAGACCAAUUGCUGUCAUUUCAAUUGCUGGAACUUUUCGGAGAGGAAAGUCAUUCAUUCUCAAUUUUCUUCUGAGAUACGUUCGCAAUAAGGGUUACUUGCGAAAAGACGAUGAAUGGAUAGGAAAUAAAAGUGACAGAAUAGCCGAUGGGUUCGAGUGGUGCAGCGGAAGUGCGGCGCACACGCAAGGAAUAAUGAUUUUUAGCGAACCAUUUAUUGUAGCUACACCAAAAGGAGAGGUUGCAGUUCUUUUCAUGGACACUCAAGGUCUUUUCGAUUCCAAUACGAGCAAAACCCAAAAUUUAAUGAUAUUUGCUUUCAACACUAUCAUAAGUUCAGUUCAAAUUCUCAAUUUAUCGGGAGAUAUCAACGAGCACGAUUUGGAAUUUCUACAGUUCUUCACGGAAUACGCACGGAGAAUUACCCAGCAGAAGUCGGGCGGAGCUUUUUUGCAGGGAUUAAAGUUUCUAAUUCGAGAUUGGCCUCAUGUAAAUGAUCACGAGUUCGGAAGCAAUGGAGGGAAGGAUUAUCUGGAAAAGUACAUGGAAACAAAAGGCAAAAUUGAGGAAUUAAAAGUGGUGCGAAAAUACAUUUCUUCAGCUUAUCGCAAUAUUAGCUGCUUCCUAAUGCCACAUCCCGGACUAACAUUGGCACAAGGACUCCCAUACGAUAAAGCAACCGUGAAUGACAUUGAUGAAAAAUUCGUGCAGCAGCUAACUCCACUUGCUGAAUCUGUACUUCAUCCAGACAAUCUCAUCGUCAAGGAAUUUUCGGAUGGAAAACCUAUGAAUUAUCGCGGUUUGUACGCAACAGCGACGAAAUGUGCUGACGCCUUUGGAACUAUUGAUACCGACAUUAAAGUUGACGACAUAUUGGAGGUAAUUGCGAGUGCCGAAGACAAUGAAAUGAGAAGAGCUUGUUUGAAUCAUUACACCGAGCUGAUGAGCAAAUACAUUGUAGGAUGUGCUAGCGACACUGAAGCAAAGCUGAAGCAUAACAAGGCGAAAUCAGAAGCAAUCGGUAAAUUUUACUCUCGUGGUAAAGGCGGUAAAAAUGAAAAGCGUGUGCAAUCAAGAACUCACGCGGAAGGCGAAAUCGAUAAAGCCUACGCGAGAUUUCUCGCAAAGCUGGGAUACAAUGAAGCGAAAGAAAAACAUGACAUGGUUUCCGGCUAUCUUGAUGCUAUUUCGUCAUACAAGAAUAAAAUGUCAAUUCUUGAAGAUAAACCAGUAUCACCAACUGAAUUCGAUACUUUCAACGAAACAUGUUGGAAAGAGGCAAUGGGAAGUAUGGAGAAAUAUGGCAACGGCUAUUCAGAUCUAUCAUCCGAAGAUAUGAAAAAAGAGAAAACUCGUUUUUACGAAAACUACAAAGAACAAAAUCGUAAUAGAUAUGAAGCGACUAUCGAGAGACUUGAAAUGCCGGGAAACUAUAUGGAAAUGUGUCGCCAUCAUAGCACAAAUGAAGUCGAAGACGGGAGUGAGGAUCAAGAUUUAUAUGCCACAAUAAACAAAGUCGUCGACCAAUACGAAAAAAAGAUCAACGAGAUACGAGAAGGUGGAGAAGUAAGUGAAGAUUUUGUUCGAGAAAAAAGAGGUUCGCUUUACAGAUCAGCUGUUCGGGAAUUCAAUAGUAGUAGUAUGAACAGAAAAGGGAACUUUCGUUAUUACAUAAACAUGUUGGAAAAAGCUGUGCAAAAAGUGGAACCUGUCCGAAUUGCGCCAAGCAAAGAGCGUCUCCUGAACAUGAAACUGAAAAAUUAUGUUGCUGAUUCUAGUCGACAGUUUGAUCAAGAAAUGGAGCAGAUUAAUGGGCUUUUCAUUGGACCUGUAGCUUUAAAUGCAAUGGUGCAGAAAGCAAAAUUAAAAUUGUGUGAAAAAUUCAACGACAGAACGAAAGACGAUGAACCAAGAAAUGUUGUAGAGCGGCAUCGUAACGACUUAAUUCGUAAUUUGGACUCAAAAUGGGAGUUACUGAAAAAGGAAAACGAAAGAAAUCGCGUUCAUUACGAACUCGCAAAAAACCAACUGGAAAUGAAGUUGGUGAAACGAUAUCACUCUAGCAUGGAUCAGCUUUUACAGAGCGGAUAUAUUGUGGAAAAGAAAUUGAAAAAAUAUCACGAAGAUUUACGUCAAAUUUUACUGCAAGAUGCUGAAAACGAAGAAAUACCGCUUUACGUCGCAAAUGGUGGCAAUAGAAAUAGUUACGUCUCAUACCAACAGUUCAUAGGUUCCUUGCAAGCAAAGUUAAAUGGUCUCUAUGAGGAGAAAAAAACGUGGAAUAAAAAGAACCAUGGAAUGAUCGUUAGAGCUCUCGUUAAUUUUGUUGGUUAGACAAACUUAAAAAAUCCAAAAACUGUGACGUUGUUACCUUUAGAAGAUGAUACAAAUACAAAGAGUAGUGUGAAUAAAGCAUAGAUUUUAAUUCUCAAAUUGUGUGAAAAGCAUGUUUGCCAAGUGUAACGCAAUGGUUCAUGUUAUACAUUCAAAUCAUAAUACAUAGCAAUGAGAACAUAAUAAAAAGAGUAGGUAAAUAAAGCAUAGAUUUUAUAUCUCAAAUCGUGUGAAAAGCCUGUUUGCCA